AUGCCCGCUCUCAAGACCCUUCUGAGUGCGCUCGCGCUGGCUGGCGGCGCUGUGUCCUGCGCGCACCACGGUGACAGUGACGUCGUCCCCGAGCAUGAGCGGGCGGAGUUGCUGAAGAAGUGGGAUCAAGAGUGGUCUUUCUCUGGCAUCGCCAGCUUCGCGCACCUCAAGCCCGUCAAGUGUCUCAUCGAGCCCGACGAGCAUUAUGAUAUCGCCAUAAUUGGCGCACCAUUCGAUACGGCUGUCAGCUACCGACCUGGCGCCCGCUUCGGCCCCCGUGCCAUCCGCGCCGCCAGCGCGCGACAGAUGUCUGGAACAAGCUACAACACGCGGGCGGGGAUCAACCCGUACAAGUCGUGGGCAAAGAUUACCGACUGCGGCGACAUCCCAAUCACGCCGUUUGACAACGGGCUGGCUGAGCGACAGAUGUACGAAGCCUUCCUAGAGCUGGGUGCGCGCAAGACCGUCAACGCCGCACCCAACGGCGACGGCAGCAUUGGCGCAGGCCAUCCCAAACUCGUCACACUGGGCGGCGACCACAGCGUUGCACUGCCGGCUCUGCGCGCGCUGCACCAGAUCUACCAGAAGCCCAUCACGGUGCUGCACUUCGACGCGCACCUUGAUACCUGGAAUCCCGUGCGCUACUCGGCUUACUGGCAGAGCGAGCAGACGCAGUUCAACCACGGGUCCUUCUUCCACAAGGCCAGCCGCGAGGGUCUCAUUUGUAAUGCCACCUCCGCACAUGCGGGCCUGCGGACGAGACUGACAGGCGUUGAUGCGGGUGAUUAUACGAACCCAGGACCCGAGCAGGGAUUUAUCCGCGUGCAUGCGGAUGAUAUCGACGAGCUUGGUCCGAUGGGUGUUGUGGAGACGCUUAUAAACCGCAUUGGUCUCGACCCGGAGCAGCCCGUGUACCUAUCUGUGGAUAUUGAUGUGCUAGAUCCGGCAACGGCGCCGGGCACGGGCACACCUGAGCCCGGUGGCUGGACGACGCGCGAGUUCAUUCGUAUUCUACGCGGGCUCGAGAAGCUGAACCUUGUUGGUGCGGAUAUUGUCGAGGUGUCGCCGGCUUACGAUAACAAGGGCGAGACGACCGCGCUGGCGGCGGCGCAGGUUGCUUUUGAAAUUAUUACCAGCAUGGUGAAGUCUGGUGUAAAGGAGGAUCUGGGUGGUUGGUACGGGCAUCUCGAUGAGGGUGUUGUGGCUGAGGCGAAGGCGGCCAAGGCGACCAAGGAUGAGCUGUAG